CCCAAAUCUGAGAUGAUGGCUUCAGAUGGAGCAUCUCCACUUCCGGGACCGGAUGUGACUCUGAAACCUGGUGCUGCCCUAUCUUCUUUCACUGCACUUCCCUUUCCCCCACCUGCUCCUGGCCCGCCAGACCAGCCACUCUGGGAGCCAUCUCCACAGCCCUCCCUGACUUCCGCAUUCUCUCCAGGCAACCCUCUGGUGCUCUCUGCUUUCCCCAGCCCACUGUUGAUGACUGGAGAAGCCAACCCUGGCCCUAGUGGGGCUGGGGUUGGGGCUGGGAAGGUCAUUGUCAAAGUCAAGGCAGAAGGGGGACCAGCUGAACCCUCUCAAACUCAGAACUUCAUCUUCACUCAGACAGCCCUGAGUUGGAUUGCCUCGGGUACUCCCUGUGGGAGCGCUGAGGGUCCUCCUGCUCAGUACAUUACAGCUUCUAAUAUGAAGACCAUCCUGCCCACUGAGGCUGUUGGGGUGAACCAGGAGGGCCCCCCAGGCCUUCCUUCUCAGGCUCCACCACCAGCUGCCCAACUGGCUCCCAUUGUGCCUCCAGAAAAGGCUUGGCCAGGGCCUCAAGGGGCAAUCGGGGAAGGAGGUUGUGUAGCCACCCAGAAACCCUCGCUGGGUGACCUCGCCUAUACUUCCAAGGGCGUUUAUGAGAACUUCCGUCGCUGGCAGCGCUACAAGGCCUUGGCCCGGAGGCAUGUAUCCCAAAGUCCUGAUGUAGAAGCUCUUUCCUGCUUUCUUAUCCCAGUGCUUCGCUCCCUGGCGCGACUGAAGCCCACAAUGACACUGGAGGAGGGACUGCCGAGGGCUGUGCAGGAGUGGGAGCACACCAGCAACUUCGACCGGAUGAUCUUUUAUGAGAUGGCUGAAAAGUUCAUGGAAUUUGAGGCAGAAGAGGAGCUGCAGAUACAGAGUGCACAGCUGAUGAAUGGCGCUCAGGGUCUGUCUCCUGCAGCCCCUUUGAAAUCUGAUCCUCCAGGGCCACCAGCCCCUGAGGUUUGCCAACAGCCAGUGUACAUUCCAAAGAAGGCAGCCUCCAAGGCACGGGCUCCCCGCCGGCGGCAGCGCAAACCCCAAAGGCCUCCUGUUCCUGAGGCACCCAAGGAGAUUCCACCAGAAGCUGUGAAAGAGUAUAUUGACAUCAUGGAGGGGCUGGAGGGGAGUCACUUGGCCACUGGGGAGUCGGAUGGAAAACAGGAGGAGCAGCAGGAGGAUGAAGCCAUGUAUCCAGAUCCAGGUCUCCUGGGCUAUAUUGAUGAACUGUGUUCUCAGGAGAUCUUUGUCUCGAAGGUGGAGGCCGUUAUUCAUCCUCAAUUUAUGGCAGAUCUGCUGUCCCCAGAACAGGAGAGGGAUCCUUUAGCCUUAAUGGAGGAGCUGGAGCAAGAAGAAGGACUCACUCUUUCCCAGCUGGUCCAGAAGCGACUCUCGGCCUUGGAACAGGAGGAUGCGGAGGCGCCUCCAAAUUGCAGUGCAGCUCAGUUGGUCUCAAGUCAUCCUGUUUCUGAUCAGGAUGAAGGAGGGGGUGGGAGGCCUCAGCUCUCACCUGGGCCUCAAGGGGCUGGGGGCACUGUUUGCCUUGGAAAGGCUGCUUCUUCAGGAAAGCAGGCAAGAGAAAUGCAUGGUGGGCAGCAGCGAGCUCUGGAUGGUCUAAGAGGUUUGCGCAGGGAGGGGAACACUCUGCCAUCCUCUAGUAAUUGGGACCUUCACGUGGAACUUGGGGCUUCACAGGGAACUCAGGCACUCUUGGGUAUGGAGAGAAAAGGGUCUAGGAAGGUCAUAAACCAGCUGUCACCACAUCAGGAGGGUCAUCAGGGAGGUGCUGGGUCUCCUGGACACUGCCUGGUGACUGAUAGGACUUCAGAGGCUUUACCCCUUUGCUGGCAGGAAGGCCCCCAGCCCAAGAAUGCUCCCAAUUUGGAUGCUGAACUUGAAAAGCCAGCUCCUCUACAAGGACAGGAGUUAGAAAAGCAGGACCUGGGGCUGCAGACAGAACAGAUGGGGGAACUUGAAGUGCUUCCUCAAGGGGCAAAGCCUUUAGCAACACCCCAGGAAGGCUUCUCAGGAGCCUUGUGCAGAGAUGACAGAGGUCCUCCCAUGGCUCAGAACUGUGAUCAGGAAUCUUCCCCUGGAGCAGUUGGGGACAGGGACAGGACCUCUCUCAGCCAAGGACUUUGGCUGAGUAGUGAGAUGGUUGCUGUAGGCUUGGAGUUGCCCUUACAAAUUGAAGAAGUCAUAGAGAGCUUCAAAGAUGGGGAAUGUGUAACUGAGCACCAGGCCCUGGGCUCGAGGAAUAGCAUUUCUCUGGGUCCUGCAGAAACCACAGUGCCUGGGGAUACAGGGAGCAGUGUGGUUCCCUGUGGAGAGACAGAUGCCAGCUUGCCAGUACCUCUGAGAGCCAACAGCCCAGCUUUGGGACCAAAAGAAAAGAGAGAACAGAUCCCUGAGACCAUACAGGAUCCCAGUGAUCUCUGGGCUGAAGGUUGUUCUCCACUGCUGGAGAGCAGAGUUGGUACCUCCACAAUGGGGUCUCCCAAAGAAACCCCAUUGCCUGCAAGCCAAGGCAAUCCCAUUAUCCUAGGGACCCAGGAUGCUUCCUCUUUCCCGGAGGGUGGCCAAGAGGCAGGGAGCAGAGGCAAUCUCUUUUCUCCUCUGUUGAAAACCAUAGAACAUGAAAACAUACUAGACGGUAGAGAUAACUGUGGCCUCCAACUAGGCGUUAGCAAAGAUACUUGUCCUACAAAUUUUACUUCUGAUGAUCCUCAAGGAGGGAGCAGGGAAGAUAAGGGUUUGUCUAAGCCAAAAGACCUUGUUCCUUUACAAAGCAAUCAAGAGGCCUUGACACUGAGGACCCCCAAAUCAACAUCUCCUCACCAGGGCCUUCGGAGCUCUUCCCCUAGAUGGGGAACCAAGGAUGCUUCAGUCCUGAGAGAAACCUCUCCUAUGAGUAAAACACACACCUCAGAUGUGACCAAAGGAGGGGAGGAGGAGGAGGGGGGAGAUGAGGAAGAUGAGGGGCUCUCCAACUUUGCCUACCUCUUGGCCUCAAAACUUAGCCUAUCUCCGAGGGGGCCUCCCCUUAGUCCUUGCCAAACCUCAGGAGGUCGGGCCGUUCAGAGAGCAUCCCACCCCUCCACUGAGGAAAGAGGUCUUAGUCAAGCUCCAUACCCUGUCAAGUCUGGGAAGCGAGCUGUAGUUGGAGGUCCAGCCCCUGCUGAAAAGAGACCCCUGGCUCUGGGAACUGUGCGACCCUCACAGCCUCGUAAAAGGCGGCGUGACAGUUUUGUCACAGGCAGAAGGAAGAAACGACGUCGUAGCCAGUAG